GUUACGGGUGUGCCUUAAGCCUUUUCUGUCUGCAGCCAUUGCUGCCAAAUAUGAAUUGAGGAUUGUGAACAGAAACAUAAACCAGAGCCAAAUUGUAUUUGAAAAAAUGAAAGAUAUAACUAUGGACGAUUACCAGUUCUUAGACAGUUUUAAAAAGAAACGUAUACAAUUAACUCUCAGGACUGCGACAUAUGCUGGAACAGUUGAGCGUAUCAACCUGAAUAAAUCUGUGCUUUUAGGAGACGUUGUAGAUGUUAAAAGUGGAAGAAAAUUUGCGGGUAUGAAACUCUUCUUUGGGCAUGAAAUUCUGAAUGUGGAAUUGCCAAAUGCACCAAAGCCUGUGGAAGGAAACAAAGAGGAUCACAACCAUAGCAAUGAAGGUCAAUUGCCUGUGGCUGAGUUUCAGCCAUACAGGAAGAGUAUAAAAUUGGAUGGCGAUGACGAUGAUGGCGAAUAUGUGGACUUUGUCGUCAUUGACGAGUUUUUUGAGAAGUUUGGGCCUGCUGUGAUGGACAUACGCAAACAGUGGGUGGUUGGGAUAGGCGCCGAUGGAGUCGGAGUCUCCCAACACGAGAGGCUCUGCUGGCUGCAGAUUGCCAGCAAGACCAGGGUCUACCUUUUUGACAUCCUGAUGCUUGGAGCCAGGGCCUUUAAGAAUGGGUUGUCUAUGAUCCUGGAAAGUAACCACAUAUUGAAAGUCACCCAUGACUGCCGUGGUAUUGCCGGAAGCCUGUGGACUCAGUAUGGGGUGAACCUCUGCAACGUCUUUGACACUCAGGUGGCGGACGUCAUGCUCUUCCAUGCCGAGACGGGCGGGUUCCUCCCCGACCGGGUCAGUACCCUGCAGGAGGUGGUGGGUCUGCACCUGAAGAUGUCUCCCUCCUGCCUGGCCUCCCUGAAGAUCAAGUCACAGCUCACCAAGGAGGACAGCGAGGUGUGGUACGUGCGGCCCUGUCCCGUCUCCCUGCUGAAGGUGAUGGCCCUCUCAGUGAUCCACCUGCAGGCCCUGCGCAUGGUCCUGCUGGACGAGCUCAUGUCCGACUACAUGGGUCGGGUGGACGCCUACCUCGCGGCGAGCCGCGAGAAGCCAAUGAACACGCAGGACAUCGGCACGAGCAGCGGGCUGGAGCUUCCCGCGGAGCUGCGGGAGCUGGAGAGCCUGAGGCGCGGGCGGCGGGACUGGGCCUUGGCCCGGUACCCCGUGGCCGAGGACGGCCUCCUGGUGCGCUCCCGCCCCAGGCCGACCCCGCCCACCGAGGAGCCGGGCGAGGGCCACGCCCCCCUGAGCUGGGACACAGACCCGCCCGAGCAGCCUGCCCCCGGAGAGGCGGGCGGGGGAAGUCCGUGGGCAUCAGAGGAGGGCCCCGGUGAUCUCACCCCCUUCAGAACCAGCCUCCCCUCGUCGCCCAGCGCCCGUCCAGCAGGAAGCCUGGAGGCGACUCCGAUCCCGGGGAAGGCGGCGCCGGGAGAGGCCGCCCCCGCGUCCGUGGCGGGAGGCACCAGGCCGCUGGAGAUUACGGUGGAGGGGGUGACCGGGAGGGGGCGACAGCCGCAGCGGGGGGUGGGCGUGCCCGCCGCCACCGCCUACCCCCCCGCAGGAAGGGGCCUGUGUCUUCAGAUACCGCCGCUCGUCUCCAGGGAGCUUCCUGAAGCGGCGGGGCCCCAGCCUGUGGGGCGGGCAGCAGAUGCCUCCCAGAGCCCACCCCUUUCCCAACAGGGUCCACUGGCUGUCGCCGGGGGGUUGGGGGCAGCCCCACCCCUGGGAGCGGUCCUGCCAGCCACUGGAACCAUGCCUGAAAAUAUCGUCUCCUUAGGAAGGGGCUUGUUUUUCCAGAAACCCCCCCAAAUUCCUUCAUCCCAGUUUAAGCUCUCGUCGAGCUCAUUCAGGAAGACCUGUCAGUGAAGUAGUGCCUGAUGUACCAUGUUCAUUUAAAAAGUAUAUCUUCAAUGUUUGAUACGAUUUAACUUUUUGUUGACAUAUUUCAUUUAGUGGAAGGAGUUGUCAGUGGUUGGACAAAUAAUGUUUAUGUGAAGAUUGUCCAGCAGGUGGCAGUAAAGUAUUGAUAUUGAACCUGCCGGUUGUGUUUUUGUGUUCUCGUUCUUGGAUCGAUGCCAAGGGAAGAG